AGCGCGCACCAAACCUUACAUGUGCAAAUAUUUACAUAUCAUAUUUUCUCUCUCAUUCUUCAAUUAUCAACCUCACGUACAUCUAUUUUGUUGAUGUACGCAUUCUAGAUAUAUAUAUAUAUAUAUAUAUAUAAGUCCCUCAUUUUGCAAAUAUAUAGUAAGUUGGCCUCCCUGAAAGAAAGAUAGAUACAAGGGAUAUCUCUCCCUCUUCCUCUGAACCACAUAAAAGCUUUCUCUACAUACCCCUCUCUCUCUCUGUAGGGUUGGUUCAGUAGGCCGGACUUGCAUAAAGGAAAGGAAAGAAAGGAAAAGGAAGAAGAAACAUGCUGAUGGCUUCGCAGAACAGUCAGUGUACCAGGAAAGAAAGUAGUAGAGGACCAUGGACAGCUGAAGAAGACCAAAAACUGGCUCAAGCAAUUGAAAUCCAUGGUGCUAGAAGAUGGGAGUCAAUUGCAGCCAAAGCAGGUCUGGGACGACGCGGAAAGAGUUGCAGGUUGAGAUGGUUGAAUUAUCUGAGACCCAACAUCAAGAGAGGCAACAUAUCAGACCAAGAAGAGGAUUUGAUAAUUAGGCUUCAUAAGCUCCUAGGAAAUAGGUGGUCUUUGAUUGCCGGAAGACUACCUGGUCGGACCGAUAAUGAGAUCAAGAACUACUGGAAUUCUCAUUUGAGCAAGAAAAUAUGGCAUGAGAAAAAAGGCAUAGGUGCAACAUCAAGAGGGUUUAUGCCUCCAAGGAGUAGGGCAAUGGAGAUGAAGACAACAGACAAAGUAAAGGAAUUAGAAGGUACCUCUAAAUCAGGUGAGGACUCGAUAAUUAGUUUCAACGCCGGGAACGGGUUCUUUGAUUAUUCUAAGGAGGGUCCUUUGAACUUAGAGUGGAUAAGUAAAUUCCUUGAAGAGGAUGAGGGCUGGUCUGUCUUUUCAUGAAAUAUUGUAAGCUUUGUUCUCUAUUGUUGAUAAUUUGUUUGUCUGUUUUUUUUUUUCUUUUUUAAUUAAAAUUUUAUAGCUA